GUUUAUUUUAACUCUGGAUGUAAUAUGUGGUUAUGUUGAUCAAUCGUAGUUUUCGGGUUUCUGCCGGACUCGUUUUGUGCGCGGUCCUUCUGUUUCCGUGUCGGGGUGGAGAGCUGAGUGUGAUUUUCGAGAGGACUAUUAAUCUGUAAAAAUGCAGGACCCAAAUGAAGACACCGAGUGGAAUGAUAUCCUGAGAAAGAAAGGCAUCCUUCCUCCUAAAGAGGAGCCUAAAGAUGACGAAGAGGAGGAACUGGCCCUCCAACAGCAGUCUGUCGUUAAAACGUACGAGAGCAUGACGCUGAACGAGCUGGAUGAGAAUGAAGAUGAGUUUGGUGAGGAAGAUGAAGCUGCCAUUGAGAUGUACAGACAGAAGCGUCUUGCAGAGUGGAAGGCGACUCAGAUAAAGAAUGUGUUUGGUGAUGUGGUGGAAAUCUCCGGGCAGGACUACAUUCAGGAAGUCAACAAGGCCGGAGACGGCAUCUGGGUGGUUCUGCACCUCUACAAACAAGGCAUCCCACUCUGUUCCCUCAUCAACCAGCACCUGGUCACAUUAGCAAGGAAGUUCCCUCAGACCAAGUUCCUCAAGUCCAUCUCCACCACGUGCAUCGCCAACUACCCCGACCGCAACCUGCCCACCAUCUUCGUCUACUUCGAGGGCGAGAUGAAGGCCCAGUUCAUCGGCCCUCUUGUAUUCGGAGGCAUGAAUCUGAAAGUCGAUGAGCUGGAGUGGAGGUUAUCAGAAUCCGGAGCAGUGAAAACAGACCUGGAGGAAAAUCCCAAGAAACAAAUCGAAGACAAGCUCAUGUCGUCAAUCAGAAGUUCGCUUCCUACACGGAAGGACAGUGACUCUGACGAUGAGGACUAUUAAAAAAAAUAUUAAAAAAAAAAUAAAUAAAUAAAUACACGCCAAACCUGAAAGAACACGUGGCCACUACAUGGAAAACACUUAAAGAGCAGAGAGGGGAUGAUAUCUCCUUUAUCAGCAUGUGCAUUUACUAUCUCAGCCAUGUAGGUGGCGCUCAUACGCAGCGGCUCAGUCCUGCUCAGAGGCUCCCGGACAGAGCGUUUGACUGGAGCGCCUGCGGUUUCGACCUCGUCGUGCGUCUCUGUGGGAAAGUGUGCAGAACAGUCACUAUUUUGUAAUUUCAAUAAACCCUCAGCUACACCUCCUGAACCUCAAAAAGUGUAGUUUUAACUUCUUCUUUUUUUACAUUUCUUGGUAAUUAUGUCACAAAACGUGUAUGUGCGUUUGAUUCUGUGGAAUUAAAUGUGAGUUCAACCUCUUUGCCACAAUAA